AUGGCGGAGCCGAGCGGCUCGCCCGUGCACGUCCAGCAGCCCCAGCAGGCGGCCCCGGUGACAGCGGCGGCCCCGGCGGCAGCGACAGCAGCGCCGGCCCCGGCGGCUCCCGUGGCCACGGCCCCGGCCGCGCAGUCGGCCGGCUGGCCCAUCUGCAGGGACGCGUACGAGCUGCAGGAGGUUAUCGGUCAUGGCGCUACAGCUGUGGUUCAGGCUGCUCUGUGCAAACCCAGGCAAGAACGUGUAGCAAUAAAGCGGAUCAACUUGGAAAAAUGCCAGACCAGCAUGGAUGAACUAUUAAAAGAAAUUCAAGCCAUGAGUCAGUGCAGCCAUCCCAACGUAGUGACCUAUUACACCUCUUUUGUGGUAAAAGACGAACUUUGGCUGGUCAUGAAAUUACUAAGUGGAGGUUCAAUGUUGGAUAUCAUAAAAUACAUCGUCAAUCGAGGAGAACACAAGAACGGAGUUCUGGAAGAGGCAAUAAUAGCAACAAUUCUUAAAGAAGUUUUGGAAGGCUUAGACUAUCUACACAGAAAUGGUCAGAUUCACAGGGAUUUGAAAGCUGGUAAUAUUCUUCUGGGUGAAGAUGGUUCAGUACAAAUAGCAGAUUUUGGGGUAAGUGCUUUCUUAGCAACGGGGGGUGAUGUUACCCGGAAUAAAGUAAGAAAAACAUUUGUUGGCACUCCGUGUUGGAUGGCUCCUGAAGUCAUGGAACAGGUGAGAGGCUAUGACUUCAAGGCUGACAUGUGGAGUUUUGGAAUAACUGCCAUCGAACUAGCCACAGGAGCAGCGCCUUAUCACAAGUAUCCUCCUAUGAAAGUGUUGAUGCUGACUUUGCAAAAUGAUCCACCCACUUUGGAAACGGGAGUAGAGGAUAAGGAGAUGAUGAAAAAGUAUGGCAAGUCUUUUAGAAAGUUACUUUCACUGUGUCUUCAGAAGGAUCCCUCCAAAAGGCCUACAGCAGCAGAACUUUUAAAAUGCAAAUUCUUCCAGAAAGCCAAGAACAGAGAGUACCUGAUUGAAAAGCUGCUUACAAGAACACCAGACAUAGCCCAAAGAGCCAAAAAGGUGAGACGAGUUCCAGGGUCAAGCGGUCACCUUCAUAAAACCGAAGACGGUGACUGGGAGUGGAGCGACGACGAGAUGGAUGAGAAAAGUGAAGAAGGGAAAGCAGCCUUUUCUCAAGAAAAGUCACGAAGAGUAAAAGAAGAAAAUCCAGAGACGGUGGUGAACGCCAGCAGCCUCCCCGAGCAGACGCAGUCUCUGUCUGUGCAGGACUCUCAGGGCCUACCCAAUGCUAGUGAAGACUACAGAGAAGCUUCUUGUGCCGUAAACCUCGUUUUAAGAUUAAGAAACUCCAGGAAGGAACUUAAUGACAUACGAUUUGAGUUUACUCCAGGAAGAGAUACUGCAGACGGCGUUUCUCAGGAGCUCUUCUCUGCUGGCUUGGUUGAUGGGCAUGAUGUAGUUAUAGUGGCUGCUAAUUUACAGAAGAUUGUAGAUGAUCCCAAAGCUUUAAAAACAUUGACAUUUAAGUUGGCUUCUGGCUGUGAUGGGUCGGAGAUUCCUGACGAAGUGAAGCUGAUCGGGUUUGCUCAGUUGAGUGUCAGCUGA